AUGGCUUUCUUGAAAUCUUAUUGGGAAGUCAAUGAAGCCGAAGAAAUGUGGACUCAUGCUCGUAGAAGAGCACGAAAAAGAAUUGCUAUUAUUGGCAUAUCAUCCAUAGUUCUUGUUCUUAUUGUAGUAUCUGCCGUUGUUGGAACUUCACACGGCAACAAAGGAAACGAUAAUGGUGGUCAUGAAUCGCAACAACCUCAAUCGGCUUUUGCUUCCAUUAAAGCCGUUUGUGACACUACAUUGUACCCUGAUACAUGUUACAGCUCUCUCUCUGCAGUUGAAAAUACGACGCAUUUUCAGCCAGAGGAGUUGCUCAAACUCAGUGUCUUAGUUGCUAUUAAUGAGCUCUCAAAGGUAUCUACUCAUUUGGAGCUCAAAAACUGCAGUGAAUUGUUGGAUCUUGCCAUUGAUCAUUUGAACGACUCGUUGUCAGCAACAGAUGUCGAUUUAAAGUCAGUGGAAUCUCUGUUUGAUGAUCUUAUGACCUGGCUAAGUGCUGCAGGUACGUAUCAGCAAACGUGUAUAGAUAGCAUUCAAGGAAAUAUCGUCGGCUACCUUAAAAAAUCUACCGAGUUAACAAGCAACAGCCUUGCAAUUGUAAAAGGAGUUUCAAAUUUCGCAAAUUCUUUCAAACAAAGAAGAAGAUUGUUGAGCUUAGAAGGAAGUGAUGAAUUGCCCGAAUGGUUGUCUGUGAAAAACAGGAAGCUGCUACAGAAUAAAACACUACCCAAUGGAAUCAAAGCCGACGUGGUAGUGGCUCAAGAUGGCUCUGGUAAAUACAAGAGAAUUUCAGAUGCUCUCAAUGAAGUCCCUGAUAAGAGCCAGAAAAGAUUUGUGAUAUACAUCAAAAAGGGUAUUUACUUCGAGAAUGUUAGGAUCGAAAAACCCAAAUGGAAUGUUAUGAUGAUUGGUGAUGGGAUGGAAUCAACAAUCGUUUCAGGAAGCUUAAACGUCGUGGAUGGCACUCCAACAUUUCAGUCAGCAACUUUUGCUGUGUUUGGCAAAGGCUUUAUUGCACGUGACAUGGGCUUUCGCAACACUGCUGGUGCAGUGAAGCAUCAAGCCGUAGCAUUAAUGUCAACAGCAGACAUGUCAGUAUUCUACCGUUGCCGCAUUGAUGCUUUUCAAGACACUCUUUAUGCACAUUCAAACCGCCAAUUCUAUAGAGAAUGCAACAUCUAUGGAACAGUAGACUUCAUCUUUGGCAAUUCGGCUGUUGUUUUACAAAACUGCAACAUAUUGCCUAGACAACCCAUGCCGGGCCAACAGAACACAAUCACAGCACAAGGUAAGUUCGAUCCUAAUCAGAACACGGGCAUUUCUAUCCAAAACUGCACCAUUUGGCCAUAUGGGAAUUUGAGCAAUGUUAACACGUUUCUUGGACGUCCUUGGAAGAACUACUCAACUACAGUUUUUAUGAACAACAUGAUGGGAGGCUUGAUUGAUCCAAAGGGAUGGUUGCCAUGGGUCGGGACAACAGCUCCAAACACCAUUUUCUAUGCAGAAUUCGCUAAUUUUGGUCAAGGUGCGGCGACAAAGAAUAGAGUCGCCUGGAAAGGACUGAAAUUCAUAACAAGUAAGCAAGCUAGUAAGUUUACCGUGAAGUCCUUCAUCAACGGCGACAAAUGGAUUAAUGGUACGGGUGUGGCUUACAAACCUGGUCUGUAG